AGGAUGAUCUACUACCUGGACCCCUCGGUGCUGACCGGCCUGUCCUGCACUGUCAUGCUGCUGUGUCUGGCUGACUACCUGGUGCCUACCCUCGCACCCCGCAUCUUCGGAUCCAACAAGUGGUCUUCAGAGCAGCAGCAGCGUUUCCAUGAGAUCUGUGGUAACCUGGUGAAGACUCAGCGUCGCAUCCUGGGCUGGUGGAAAAGACUCUUCUCACUCAAGGAGGAGAAACCCAAGAUGUACUUUGCGUCGGUGAUCAGCAGUCUGGUGACGGUGGCCUGGAUGGGACAGCAAGUCCACAACCUUUUCCUCACCUACCUGAUCGUGAGUUUCCUGCUCCUGCUUCCUGGUCUGAACCAGCAUGGCGUCAUAAGCAAGUAUGCUGGCAUGGCCAAGAGAGAGAUCAACAAACUGCUGAAACAGAAGGAGAAGAAGAACGAGUAGGAAGAAAGAGGAGAAGAGGGGAUCUGAGAGAUGAGACUAACGAGAGAGAAGAAGAAAAUGAGAAACCCGUAGAUCAAACGUAAAAGAAAAGGAGCUUCCACUAAGUACUUCUGUACUUCCUCAGUCUGCUCAGACCAACUCUACACACGCCCUCUCCCCCCUUGACCUCUGACCUGUCACCUAACCAACCAAUCACCUGGCGAGAUUUGUUUUUCAACAGGAAGUGUUUUUCCACCUAUCCUCCUACGCAUGCAGUCAGUCGCCAUAUCGGUCAAGGCUUUAGUUCACGAGUAGACCACACUGAAACAUUACAACACACACAUAUGAACCCCCCCCACACACACACACACAUGGAGGUGGCCCCCAGCUGUGUCUGUCUCUAGGUGUUUAAGAUGCCAGUCACUUACUAUUACUUUUGAAGUCCGAGGAAAGACUACUGAACAGAAACCUCUAGCAAUAUUAUUAUUAUUAUCCCCUCCCCCCACACAUAAUACCAUAUAUAAUCAAACUCAAUCUCCCAGAGAGGAUGGUUAGUUUAAUGGACGUACUGAUGGUAGGUAGUGUCAGUAUUGUUUCAGGAGGCUGGGACACAGUUGUUGCUGCCAUCGUUCCUUUAACUUUCAGAUUCCUGCUUCUGUCUGUUUUUAAGAUUGCACUGAAACCGUAGCAGAAACUGGAGUUUAGAGAAGCAGACCUAGGUGACGCCUCCCACGUGACACCCCAUUCCCUAUGUAGUGCACUACACCUAUAGGCAUUGAUCAAGAGUAGUGCACUAUCUAGGGAAUAGUGUUAUUUGGGACUCAAGCCUAGUCUGGUGACAUUUGGAAUAUAUAAUUCUGGGUCUGUGUCUGAAGUGGCACCCUAUUCCCUAUGUAGUGCACUACCCCUAUAGGCCCUGGUCAACAGUAGUGCACUAUCUAGGGAACAUGGUGCUAUUUAAGACACCGCCCUGUUGUGAGCUGACACUGGUUCA